UAAACGAAUUCCUAUUGCGUGUAAAGCGCGGGUACCAUUGCGUGAGCAAGGAGCAGAGGAGGGGAUGGUAAUAAGUCCUUAUUUAGAACUUUACGCAAAUGCUAUCGACAUGUGAAGUGGGCUCUGUUAAACGACGCAGGAAACAUUUUUGGGACAUCUGAGAAGACGUUGCGUUAAUGUCAGUCCUCCGAAACAUCCGUUUUUGAAUCCAUCGCGGAAGAUCAACUGGAUGAAAUGGUUCAUUGAAUUAGUGCGAAAUUCGGUGCUUUUGAUUCCGUAGUAUAAAAUAUGCUAGGAAAAUGAUAUCCGGUAUUUAUAAGUCUGAGAGACGCAGAGGUUCAGGAAAUACAGUGUUACGUCGAAUGAGUUUUCCUUAGCAUAACUUAUUCGGAGUAACACUAUGUUUGACUGUCUUCCAAAUGAUUUAACACAGAACUUACAAAAUUACAUAUACAUCCUGUUUACAGGUAUUUAGAGGGACCUCAACAAGGCAGUAAUCAAGUAAGAUACGAAAUGAUUCGAGGAUUUGUUAUAUUGGUGUCCUUCGUAAUUGGAACCGAGGCCGUCACGUGUGAAUCACCCAAUCAUUCCGCGGUAACAUUCUCAACCACUGAUGCCUUUUUUCAUUUUAGCACAACUUACAUUAUUGAAUUUAACCUACAGUGCGCCAAUAAUGUCAAGGAUAUGGCUGUCUAUGGUAUCGUCAAUGGAAAAGUACAUCAGGCUGCUGUCUCCGAAGAAACGUCAAAACAUCAGAUAUCUUGGCAAUUGGAGCACGAUGAGUCGACUGCUCAAACAUUCGAUGUCGUUAUUUACGACGAAGAUGGUUUGACUGCAUAUCGCAAGGCGGAAAGGAGCCAUGAUGAUACCUCCAAAGUGAAAUCACUCUUCACAGUGCAAUUAAAACAUCCUGGUGUCUCGAAAUCAUCUCCGGUUGCAUCAGAAACCGUUGUUACGGCUUUCGCUCUGAUUGCUUUAUAUGUUGGUUAUCACUUUAAGAGUCAGCUGAUGGCUUAAAGUAUAAGUAUUAAAUAUUCUAAAUGUUCUAGUAUAAGUAUUAAAUGUUAAAUGUUUUUACGGAUAAUCGUAAUGAUAAAACCACGUUUCUGUGACUUUUUGUCACUUUAUGGGACCAGGCGAUGUUUACCCAUAUGUUUUAAUAAUUUUAUGUAUCUCCAAAGAACUUUUGAGAUUUCAAAUUUUAAACAUUGACCGAAGUGUUCUCUGUGACUCUUUGUCAUCUUGGAGUAUAUGAAAUAGAGUUUAACUUAAAAGUCACUUUGGGGUUUUGUUCCUUCUUUGUCUUUUACAUUUAUUGUUAUAGUUUGCAUUGUUUAUUUUCCUGUCAAGAAAACUUGCUGUUCUAUUUAUAAUUCAGUAAUAAAAGCAUGG